AUGUCAUCAUCUUCUCAGCGCAGUCCCAGCAGCCAAUUUCCCGUGCCAAAUUCCCUGCCGUCUUAUUGGCGGAAACAACCUGCUGCAAUCGAUAAUCAUCGCAGUACCACCGGUCUUGUUCCCACGGCAGACAUUGUAGUCAUUGGCGCUGGAUAUUCCGGCGCAUCGAUUGUACAUCAUUUGGUGGAAGAAAGUUUGCGCGCGGGCAAGGUUAUUCCUUCGAUAAUAAUUCUCGAGGCGCGCGAGGCUUGUUCAGGGGCUACGGGGCGCAAUGGUGGACAUUUGAAACCAGACCCGCUAUCACGGCCAGCCGGUCUGCUAGAUAGUCAUGGGGCAGCCGUCGCAGAGCAUGUAGCAUCGUUUGAGCAAAGACAGGUCGCCGCUAUCAAGGAACUCGUUGAGCGUGAGCAGAUUGAUUGCGACUUUGAAGAGACGACUGUGAUGGAUAUUUGCAAGUAUGCCCAAGGACGGGAUAAGAUGAAGGCUAGUAUCGACAACAUUAGCAAAGCGGGUAUUUCCACUGCAAAGAUGAUAAGGUUUUAUACAGGGAAGGAGGCCGAAGAGGUAUCUGGUGUGAAAGGAGCAUUGUCAUGUCACACAUACAGCGGCGCACGCCUGGCACCCUACCGCCUGGUAACGCAUCUCUUGCAGAAAGCGGUGGUCCAAGGAGUCAACCUGCAAACGUCCACGCCUGUCGAGAACGUCCGGGCUAUGGAGGAUGACACGCAGGGUUACAAGUGGGUAGUUGAGACUGCACGCGGAACGGUCAAGACAAAGACAGUAAUCUUUGCUACAAAUGGGUACACAUCUGCCUUGGUUCCCGAGAUGAAAGGCAAAAUCGUACCUGUCAGGGGCAUGGUUGCACACAUCACAGCGCCAAAUGCACCGGAACUGAAGCACAGCUACAUGAUGCGGUUAUCGGAUCACGAGUACGAUUAUAUGAUUCCGCGGCCAGAUGGCAGUGUUGUAGUGGGAGGUGGACGGCGGGAUUUCUACAAGAACUUGGAUGAUUGGUUUGAUGUUGUUGACGAUAGCAAGUUGAUUGAGGCUGGGAAAGAGUACUACGAUGGGUAUAUGCAGCGGCAUUUUUUCGCAUGGGAGAGCAGUGAUGCUCGCACGGAAGAUUUGUGGACCGGAAUCAUGGGAUAUUCCAACGACGAGUACCCGUAUGUCGGCCCUGCCUGCGGACGACCUGGCCAAUACGUUUGCGCCGGCUUCACGGGACACGGCAUGCCGCAGAUUUUCCUAUCGGCAAAAGCAGUAGCGGUGAUGGCUCUCACUGGAGAUACGGAGAAUGUUGAUCUGCCUUUGCCAUAUCGCAUUACUCCAGAAAGAUGGUCGGAGCGAAAAGAACAUGCGGCUCGUGAGACGUGGGAACGAGUUCAAAAAGGUCAAACUGUCACAGCAGCAAAACUAUAG